AUGUUUCCUAGAGGGAAGCCUAUUGGGCGGUUAGAUCAUGCUGUAACACUUGUUGGCUAUGGUUUUGGUGAUCUACUGCAAUUGAAUUAUUGGAGAGUGAUAAAUAGCUGGGGAACUACCUGGGGAGAAGAUGGCUAUGUUCGUAUUGAAAGAGGAACCAAUGUAUGCGGCACUGCUGCGGACGCCGUCGAAGCGGACACCGUUGGAUUCGCUGGACAUCGUUGA